AUGAGGAUAUUUGCUUUCGCUGUUGCUGCUCUCUUGAGCAUGAUAAACUCAGUCGCCACCAACUACGCUUCUAGCUGUAGCUCACCCGCGAUCGUCCAGGACAGCCAACACCAGUACCUCGAAGCUGCCUGCCUGCUCCCGUCAUUCGUCGUCGAAGCACCGCAGUCCCGCUGUUCCAUGCUCGACCUAAAUCUCUGCUACGGCUUCAUAGACGGACAGAUCAAGGCGGAAGACGGUGGCAACUUCUCCACCCAAUGCGAUGAACACAGCAUCAGGAUGGACGGCUCUGUGGUACGGGCUACUUGUACACCCUUUCCCUUGCCGGGGGAUACACAUCCGGGGAAGGUGCAGGCUUCAAUUGAUACUGAUCCGCUGAUUAUGGUGGAUGAUAUGGGGAUGCUUGUAUGCCUAUCUACUUUCAAACUUGCUGCUGUCGCUGCCACUGUCGAUGUUACCAUACCUUGA